CCGCGACCGCGCGUCGCAGCGCAGGCCACGGUCUCCGACUGUCCCCGCCCUGACCGCCGGCCCGGACGUGUCCCCGGCGGCCGCUGGCAGUGCCUGUGCCAUGGGGCUGCCUACGCUGGAGUUCAGCGAUUCCUACUUGGACAGCCCGGAUUUCAGGGAGCGCCUGCAGUGCCACGAGAUUGAGCUGGAGAGAACCAACAAGUUCAUCAAAGAGCUGAUCAAGGACGGCUCCCUGCUCAUUGGGGCGCUGAGGAAUCUGUCUAUGGCAGUACAGAAAUUUUCUCAGUCACUGCAAGAUUUCCAAUUUGAAUGUAUUGGUGAUGCAGAAACAGAUGAUGAAAUUAGCAUUGCUCAGUCGCUGAAAGAAUUUGCAAGACUACUCAUCACAGUAGAAGAAGAGAGGAGACGACUGAUUCAAAACGCUAAUGAUGUAUUAAUUGCGCCCCUUGAGAAAUUCCGAAAAGAACAAAUAGGUGCAGCAAAAGAUGGAAAGAAGAAGUUCGACAAGGAGAGUGAAAAAUACUAUUCCAUUCUUGACAAACACUUAAAUUUGUCUGCAAAGAAAAAAGAGUCUCAUUUACAAGAGGCAGAUACACAACUUGACCGAGAACAUCAGAACUUCUACGAAGCGUCACUAGAAUAUGUCUUUAAAAUUCAAGAAGUUCAAGAAAAAAAGAAGUUUGAGUUUGUUGAACCGCUUUUGUCGUUCCUUCAGGGCUUGUUUACUUUUUACCACGAGGGAUAUGAACUCGCCCAGGAAUUUGCACCAUAUAAACAACAGCUGCAGUUCAACUUGCAGAAUACAAGGAAUAAUUUUGAAAGUACUCGACAAGAGGUAGAGCGGCUGAUGCAGAGAAUGAAGUCGGCCAACCAGGAUUACAGGCCACCCAGCCAGUGGGCGAUGGAAGGCUACCUUUACGUCCAGGAGAAACGACCACUUGGUUUUACAUGGAUUAAACAUUAUUGUACAUAUGAUAAGGGAAGUAAAACAUUCACAAUGAGUGUUUCAGAAAUGAAAUCCAGUGGGAAAAUGAACGGCCUUGUCACCAGCUCACCAGAAAUGUUUAAAUUAAAAUCUUGUAUCCGAAGAAAGACAGAUUCAAUUGACAAGCGAUUCUGCUUUGACAUAGAAGUCGUCGAAAGGCAUGGGAUCAUCACAUUGCAGGCCUUCUCAGAAGCUAAUCGGAAACUCUGGCUUGAAGCCAUGGAUGGCAAAGAACCAAUUUAUACCCUGCCUGCCAUUAUGAGCAAGAAAGAAGAAAUGUACUUAAAUGAAGCAGGGUUCAACUUUGUGAGAAAAUGCAUUCAAGCUGUGGAAACAAGAGGCAUCACAAUUUUAGGCCUCUACCGAAUCGGAGGAGUGAACUCCAAAGUUCAGAAGCUCAUGAACACCACAUUUUCUCCCAAGUCCCCUCCUGAUAUGGAUAUCGAUAUUGAACUGUGGGAUAAUAAAACAAUCACAAGCGGACUGAAAAACUACCUCAGGUGCCUUGCAGAACCACUGAUGACUUACAAGUUACACAAAGAUUUUAUUGUUGCUGUUAAAUCUGAUGACCAAAACUACCGGGUGGAGGCUGUACACGCAUUGGUGCACAAAUUGCCGGAGAAAAACAGAGAGAUGCUGGACAUCUUAAUAAAGCACCUGGUCAAAGUAUCACUACAUAGCCAACAAAAUCUCAUGACUGUCUCAAACCUUGGUGUCAUAUUUGGCCCGACUCUUAUGAGAGCACAGGAAGAAACUGUGGCUGCUAUGAUGAAUAUUAAGUUUCAGAAUAUUGUGGUCGAGAUCCUGAUAGAGCACUAUGAAAAGAUCUUUCAUACUGCCCCGGACCCCAGCAUCCCUCUUCCCCAGCCUCAGUCUCGGUCUGGAUCCCGGAGGACUCGAGCCAUCUGCCUCUCGACAGGCUCCCGGAAGCCCAGAGGCAGGUACACUCCGUGCUUGGCAGAGCCCGAUAGCGACUCCUAUAGCAGCAGCCCAGCCAGCACACCCAUGGGGAGCAUCGAGUCCCUGUCCUCUCACUCCUCUGAACAAAACCACACGACAAAGUCUGCUUCCUGCCAGCCCAGGGAGAAAUCGGGGGGCAUCCCUUGGAUUGCAUCCCCUUCACCUUCCAAUGGACAGAAAAGUCUUGGUCUCUGGACAACUAGUCCUGAAUCCAGUUCUAGAGAAGAUGCAACCAAAACGGAUGCAGAAUCAGAUUGCCAGAGCGUCGCCUCCGUCACUAGCCCAGGCGACUUUUCCCCUGCCAUUGACCUGGCCAAGAAAGGGCCUCACGGGACUUCAGGACAGAAAAGAGCCUCGGCUACCUUUCUCAGAUCCAUCUCUACAGCCGAAGGAAACAAGAGCUACAGUGGUUCCACUCAAAGCUUAACUUCCAUAGGUUCCAAAGAGACGCCUAAAGCCCCACCAAACCCAGACCUGCCUCCAAAAAUGUGCAGGAGGUUAAGGCCAGACACUGCCUCGAGCAAUGGCUACCAGCGGCCUGGCUCCAUUGUGGCAGCAAAAGCCCAACUGUUUGAAAGUGUUGGUUCAGUGAAGCCAGUUUCUUCUGGGCGCCAAGCCAAAGCCAUGUACUCCUGUAAAGCAGAACACAGCCACGAGCUCUCCUUCCCGCAGGGGGCAAUAUUUUCUAAUGUGUACCCAUCAGUGGAACCAGGAUGGUUGAAGGCAACUUAUGAAGGCAAAACAGGACUAGUUCCAGAAAAUUAUGUUGUCUUCCUCUAAUACUAUUUAGCGGAUGGCAGUAUCUUCAUGGUAUCCAUGGUAACAAAUAAUAAGUGCUAUGAUUUUAUCUGACACAGAUAUGGGGAUCAGCCCACUAAAUGAAAACAGCCAAUUUCUGUCAAGUCCUGUACCAGCAGACUACGUAGCUCCCUAUUAAUGGAAAAGAAAAAAAAGUUUAAAUUGUCAUUCUUUUAAUUAUUUGGCUAGUUUCUUAUUUAAAAAUAUCUUUAACUCUCCACAAUGUCUCUUCCAUAGCAAUUGAGAAUUUCAAAUACUGUGUAAGUACUAUAUCCCAGAAAUCUGAAAACUAGAAAUCUGAUAUAAGGAUUUUGGGAUCUGCCCUUAACUGUCUCGCAUUCUCUUAGGAACCUUGAAAUCAUUACUUAAAAAUGUAAUUUAAAUUGUUCAUUUAUUAUUUUUUCUUAAAAAUAUACUGCUUUUAUAUAUGAUUGUUUUGCUGGUCCUAAACAUUUCAAGAAAAUAAGGGUUUUUUUAAUGUAACUUUAUUUUUGUUUACCAAGUAAGGUGAUAAUACUAAAAAGCAAUGAUGUAUAUGAUGUCUGUAAAUGAAGCCAAAUUAAGUCAUACACUGAGUCCACUGUAAACACUCCAUGCAGCAUUCCGGACACCUUCCGAAGGCUUUGAGCAGGGAUCAGCAAACUAUUCCUAUAAAGGCCUGACAGUAAAUACUUUGUCCUUUGCAAGCCCAUAGUCUCCAUCACAAUAUUUAACUCCGCCAUUAGCCUAAAGCAGCCAUAGACAAUAAAUAGAUGAGCAUGACUGUGUGCCAGCACAGCUUUAUAUACAGACCCUGAUAUUUGAAGAUCACAUAUUAUCACAAGACACGGAAUAGUCCUCUUUGACUUUUAAAAAUCCACUUUAAAAUGCAAAAGUCGUUUUCAGCUGCUGGGUCAAACAAAAAUAGGCAGCAGGUCAAACGUGACUCAUGGAUCAUGGUUUGCUGAGUCCUGAUUUAGAGGAUGCAUAAAACUACCUUUAUAACUUAGGGAUUUCUAUGCAAUGUUACCACAUUAAGAUAUAAAUACUGAUAAAUCAUAUGCACAUAUACUCUGCUAGUAGAAGAAUCAUAACGGCAUCACAAAAGUAUAAUUUCCAUAAGAGGAAAACAAUGUGAUAGUGUAGGCUUACAACUUAAGUUCUACUUGUAACACUCAAGUGUCAAAGAAUUUUGCUGAUACCUAAUUUUGGCUAAUGAGAAAUUCUCUACACAUGAUAAAGAAAUUUUUAAGACACUAGUAGAGAAGCUUUGCCUUCAAAAGUCUGUGCUUAGUUAAAACAGAAUUUAAACUUAAAGGUACAGGAUUCUUAACUGAUUUUUGGACCACAAAAUUUUAAAAUGGUUUUAUCAUUUUUAGCAGGAAUAAAAUGUGUACAUGAUUUUUCUUAAAUGCCAUUCAAUUUACAGUCUUUAUUAGGAAUUGCACUGAAUUUAUAGAGUAUAGAAAUUAACUACCCAUUUAUAUAUACCAUCAACAUCUGGCCACACAUUUCUAUUAUUUCAACAAUUCUAUUUCAGUAAUUCUGGCAUAUUAUUUCUACAAAUAUUUGCAUGUGGCAAAGAGCCUUUCUUCUCAAGGUUUCAAAAAGCUGGUUACCUGCCAUUUAACCGUCACCGUGCUGGCCCAUUAGGCUCUAUUUUCCUUGUUACUUCAGAGUUCUCCACUGUAGAUGCUCAGGUAUUGACUGUAUAAAACUCUCUUUAUGUGAUAUUAUAAUCUGUAAUCUCAGUCUCUUCUACUUUAAAUUAAUGUUUCUAGAGUUAAUAGAGUAUACGCUCACACACACGUACACAACUAUGCCUUGGAGCAUUUAUGCUUUUCAAAUAAAAAUGGAAACAUAGAGUAGAAUUUAAAAGUAAAGAGAAUAACAGUAGGUGGAGUCACAACCAGAAGUAAAUAUCAGUGCAUUGGAAUAAAAAAUAUUUAACGUUAUAAAAAUUAGUAAUAUAAUGAAAAAAUCUGAUAAAUGGGGUUUAUCUUUCCUUUGCUGUUCAUUUUUUGGACACAGUAAUUGAGUGUUGCUGGAGCUUCUUGAUCUCUGGAUCCUGGGUGGCCCUUACUAGUAAUAAUAGCAUUGCUGACACCCUUGACUGCCCUCUGCUGGAACAGAAGGUUUUCUUUCCAAUGUACCCACCAGUCCCUUAGUCCUUACAACACUCGCAGUGUAAGUACCUUGCCAUCAUCUGGCAGCCUACCAAAUUAGAACCUCUUAAAGCAAAUUGAUUUUCUUUCAAAGACCAACUUGACUCCAAAAAGAGAUUCAGAAUUCUACUUCACUUACUGCUGCAUAAGGAAAGCUCACCCUUCAUUUUAUUUUAACACAGACCAGAGUAUUCCUGCCUCCGAGUUGUCUGUGAGCUAAUUCGUCCGAUGCUCGGUCAGAAAUUAAGCUUUUGCUGUCUAGGAUGUGGGCGUGAAGCUCUCCUCCUCCUGGUGAGGCCUGUCUUGUGGCCGUACUUGCUGUGGAAGCACGAAAGUGCUUCCUCAAAUUGUGUUUUUGUUUGAAGUUUUAAUCUUACAGAUUUGUGAGGAUGGUUCUUUUUUCCUCAUACCAAUUACAUGUAUAAGCAAGUCAUGGCCAUACGUUGGAGAGAGACUACAGCUGCUUUUCUCAAGAAGUACAUUUCCUGCGGAUAAGAUAUUUAUGAGCAUAGAGAAAAUGAAAACCUGUGCUCUAAACCACAAUAUUAAUCGCACAAGAAGAUAAUGCCAGUCAUUGGAAGAUCACAUUCAAAAUUGUAACAGCAUUUCAACAAUGAAACCUUAACUUUUCAGAGACCAUGUGAAGUUCAGUUAGAAUUGCUACAUCCACAGCUCCAAGCACACAAUGCGGACACCCUGAGCACUGGUUGCAAUAUGAAGAUGAGAUGGAUGAGCCUAAGUCAUCGUGUGCGUUACGUGAAAGCAGCCCCAAGUGCAAAACAUUUAUGUAUUUAACAGGUGACUCUUGUGCCAUAACUCUACCAAGUUUAAAGAAACUAGUCUGUCAACUGAAGGCUCUUUCUGUUCUGUGAAUAUGUAUGUCUGAACAGUAAAAUAAUGUUUGUAUUCCUGUGAAGUCCACGAAGUGUGAGGAAGUACCACUUCUCCCUGAGUGAUGCGAGUGCUCUCCUAACUGCUUUGCAGCACGAAUGAGAGUGACCAGGUUUCUCAGCAGUGGCUUGACUGCUGCCUCUUUCAGGGAUGGUGCAGGAAAACAGAGCACCUUCCAGUCCUGAACGAUCCAGGUUCCCAACUAGGAAAAAUAAAGAUACAUAAUCACUUUUAUUUCAUUCCUAUUCUGGAUAUUUGGUUUAAAUCUUGUGGCAUGCUUUCUAAAUUUCCACUGCGUUGUAAGGAAAAUAAACCUGGCACCUUAAUCCCGUGACGGGAACACUUGCUGAGCUCCUCCCAGUCUCAUUCUUCAGGCUGUGUCUGAUGUGAGAAAGGGUACCAUCCACACUGAUGCUGGCGCAGAGGAGUCCCAUAGAGCCUGCCUUCGACAACUUCACUGUGUAGCGAACCCCCUGAGUUAGCAUCUAAAACCCCAAUUUGAUUUACACUUUAUUGACUGAAGUUAGAGGCAGAGCAAUUUAGGAACAGAUUUUGUUCUUUGGUUUUAAAAUAUAAGUUGCAGCUGUUACUCUGACCUAAAAACACUGGGUGGGACCCACAAAACAUAUCUCCUGGUAAAGGAAAAACAAAACAAACAAAACCAGAGACUUUACAAUUGUCCAGAAGUUAUCUUGCUCUUGACUACAAGUUUUUCACUUAGACUAGAAAUUGCUGUUUAAUUUUGCCUCCUACCCUUUUUGGUUACCUUCCAAAAUCAAAGCACAUUUUACAAAUGAGGUUAAUUUAACCUUUCUGAGUAGAAUAUAUCCCGGCUGUCUCCUGUUGACCCACAGACUUAAUAUCAGUUAUUUAUCAACUAGUCUCACAUCUCUUGAACACAUUCCUUGAAUCCACCCAUUGUCACCAGUAUCUUCCUGCUCAGAUGUGCCAGUUCCACUUGGGAGUAACCUUAUACAAACCCAGGCUUAUGAGUGACAUGGACUCUUAGAGGAUCAGAUCAAUAAAUAGGAUUUUUUUUUAGGGCAGCUGCACCUACUGUUUUAAAUAAGGAAUCUCAAAUAGAAUGUUGACCACACUCACAGCAAGCCAGGCAGAAAACCGAUCUACCUAUUCUAGGCCAGUGUUUAGAAGCAGUUGUAUGAGGUACGGAGUCCAAUAGGUCCUCACUUCUCCGCCUGGCACCCAUGAGAAAGAUGCCGAGCUCAGAGCUGAGUAUUUCUCGGUGCUAGAGGGAGAGAUGGAGUCUGUGUGCUUACUGAAGAGUCCCAAAAGGCAGGAGCCAUUUAAAAUUAUUACAGACAUAGCCUCUAUCAUCAUAGAUGUUUGUGUACAAGGCUACGUGAGGAACUUAAGUAUCGGAGGUGGGUGGGGGCUGAAGGUGCCAAGACCACCUUAAUUAGAAGACCAUUUCCUCCUCUCUCGUAUUAUCUGCUUCUUCUCAGCAGUGUUUCCCACGGUCUUCACCCUUCCAGGGUUGAGAGCAACCCAGCUUUGCCUUGAAUCCGCUCAGUCUCUUAGAUUAAAAUGUGCAUUUUUCUGUAUAUGGCAGCAUGGUUAGAGGUUUUAUGUCUGCCUCUGUAUCUUCAGUCACCUCUCUUUUACAGAGCACACUGCCUACACGUGAUUUAUGCUUAAAUUCAGAGGUAUCACCACAUAUUGAGAGCUGUGAUUUCAAGAUUCUUCUUGAAUUCUGAGCUGAAACCUUUACAAAUAAAUAGGGAGUUUGUCAGGGAAGACGACUGUUUUUUUAAAAUUCAGAAUUCUAUUUAUAUACUGUUAAAAUUAGAGGUACUAUAGUUUAUAUAAAAUUUGAAUAUUUAGAUAUUAUAUUUCAGUACUAGGAAUUUCUUUGCAGCCAUUAACAUGACAAAUAAAAUAAUAAAUAUGAAAAUGACAGUAAAUUAUCAUAUUGAAUUUUUUGUUUAUUUUGUAGUGUUUCUGUAUUUAUCUGCACUUUGUGUAUAUAUAUAUACACACAUACAUACAUAAACAUGUAAAUAACCUUAUGUUAUUCCUAAUCUAAAUUGCCACAAUAUUUUUGAUGUAUGUUUACACUGUAUUUUAAAUUACUUUAAAAAUAAAUGAUGUAAGCACA